UACUUAAUGACAAAUCCGUAAUCACGUAGUUGACAACCCAAUACUUAACAUGGUUAUGUGUAUUUUAAUGCAUGUUGUGAAUUAAAAGAAUCCAAUUGCACAUCUACUUUAAUUGAUCUUAUUAAAGCUUUUUAAAAAUGAUAAAAACAUUUAUAUUUCUUGAUUUGGAAACAACUGGAUUAAUUACAAAGAAUUAUAUGCCAAAAAUCACAGAAAUGUCAUUAAUUGCAGUAUCAAGAACUGCUAUAUGCGAUACUACAAAUAUUUUACCAAGAGCUUUACAGAAACUUGUUUUACCAAUACAUCCAAAUGUACCUAUUUCAAAGGAUAUUAAAAAAUUGACAGGCUUAUCCAAUGAAAAUUUAAAAGAAUUUCCAUGUUUUAAUUGUGACAUAUAUAACUUAGUAUUAAAUUUUAUAAAUCGAUUAGCAGCACCAGCUUGUUUUAUAGCUUAUAAUGGAAAUAAUUAUGACUAUCCAAUAUUUUUAUCAGAAUUCAAAAAUAUUGAGAAGAAUUUCAGUGAAAAUGUUUUAAGCAUUGACAUGAUGCAUCUAGUCAAAGAGUUUUUCUCUUGUAAAGAAAAUCCAAGAAAAGAAACGGAUAUUGUACAACCUAUUGCUAGCAGUUCCAAUUGUACUGAAGUUAGUAUUUUAUUGAAUGAUGGUUAUGAUAAGAUUUUAUCUGAUGCAUUAGAUUCUAUUAUGGAUGCAAAUCUUAAUUAUCAUAACAAAAAUAACACUCCAACUAAGAUUAAAGAAACAACAGUUCAUUUGGAUAGUGUAUUUAACACUCCACAAACUAGUUACUGUAAAAAGAUACAAAAAAUCAAUGAAAAGACACCUGAGAAUCAAAUUAUAAAAUUACAACACUGUGAUGAAAAUUUUCAGGAUAGAAGAGGAAGUAAUGUAAGAAGACAAUUAGAUUUUACAAAUAGUCGGCCCAUUAAUUUUAGAUUGAGUAGUGUUUAUAAACAUAUUUUUGGUAAUAACCCUGAAGAUGCACAUAGUGCAGAAGGUGAUUGUCUUACUAUGAUUCGCUGUGCUAUCAAAUUAGGAAAUUUCUUCGUAGAAUGGACAGAUUGCAAUGCAGUACCUUUAACUAAUUAUACCAGCAAAUAAAAUAUAUUUGUUGAAAGAGUAA